AUGUCUUCUCCAGCGGAAGACCUCGUCGACACGGAACCCCCGACCAUCGAUCCCUACGAGGUCCUCGGCCUGGAGCGCGAUGCGACAGCCGACCAAGUCAAGUCCGCCUAUCGCAAGGCGGCCUUGAAGAACCACCCUGACAAGGUCCCCCAAGAAGAGCGAGAACAAGCCCACAAAUCCUUCCAAUCCAUCGCCUUCGCCUACGCCAUCCUCUCCGACCCCGCCCGCCGCCACCGCUACGACUCCACCGGCUCCACCGCCGAAUCCAUCGUGGACGCCGAGGGCUUCGACUGGUCCACCUACUACCGCGAGCUCUUUGCCGACGCAAUCUCCCCCGACGCCAUCGAGCGCUUCGCCCGCACCUACCGUAACUCGGACGAGGAGCGCGACGACCUCCUCGCCGCCUACGAGGAUGCCCAGGGCGACAUGGACGGCGUUUACGCCUCCGUCAUGCUCAGCGACGUCCUCGCCGACGACGCCCGCUUUCGCACAAUCAUCGACGCCGCCAUCCGCGCCGGCGACGUCGACGCCUACCCCGCCUACACCAAGGAGUCCAAGAAGAAGAGGGCCGACCGCGUCAAGGCCGCCAAGGCAGAGGCUAACGAGGCCGAGGAGUACGCCAAGGAGCUCGGCCAAAGGAGGGAGGGCUUUUUCGACCACCUCGAGGCCAAGUAUGGCGCGUCGAGCAAGCCUGCCAAGGGCAAGAAGAGGCGCGCUGAAGAGGAGCCUUCCGAGGAAGCUUUCCAAGCCGCCGCGGCAAGGUUAAAGAAGGGAAAGGGUGAGGGGAGAUCCAAACGCUAG